GGCGGUACGUAGUUCGCCGGGACAUUUAGUAUUUUAUAAGAUUCGUCGUAUUAAAGCGGCACCUCUCACGGGCGCCGCGCACGUCCGUCCCGAGCUUAUAUAGGAUGCUGAGACUCGCUGUCAUCUUACUUUCAUUGCACCGGUGCACAGGGUAGCCAGUGGUAGUGCCAAUGCUUUGACCGAGAGUUGCGUUAAGAUGAAUUGGAUCCCAGCGACGUGCGUCUUAUGCGUUGUUUUUAUCAACGGUGGCGGUGGAGUUACUAAAACUUCAGGUAUCGAGCAAUUCUGGACAGACGACUACAAAGUUUUUGAACAGAUCUACGGCAGGACUUCUGACAGAGACAUAUACGGAGACACACUUCCAUCCAGCAUAGUCAUAGGAACCGAGCCGAAGAAGGAAGCUUCUCAAAAGAACGAAAGAUACCUAUUAAACCUCGACCAGGAGUCGGAAGAAAUUGAUCCUUACAACUACGCUGAUAGAUACAACAGCUUGCUAAGCCAACAGUCUCUUAAACUCCUCAGCAAAAAGAAACCAGCCACUUCAACCAUUAACUUCGUCAGUUACAAAGACUUCAAACCAAUAAGCCAAGCUAACGACCCUGAAACAUACGAGUACCUCAAACACUUGGAAGAACUGAAUAGGGAAGAGAAGUAUGGACAUCCACAGAUAGGAGGGUUCAAACCUUACAUGAGUUACGUAGGACGACACCCCGAGGAAUCUGAAGCUUACAAAAGCAUUCAGGAUAUCUUAGAGGCUCAUGAGGCGAAUAAGGAAAGUCACAAAGAUGAAGAUGAUAAUAUGAAGUAUCUGACGUAUCCGAAAUCUAAGAAGAAAAAGCCAACGAGAGUUCAUGACUCGAAACCCAGAUGUGUGUACGGCAGGUGUAGGAAACGAGGAGCGAAUUCGUAUCGUGCUAGAAGUAGGCCCUAUGUGAGGGGAUUGAAAACAGUAUUCGUAGUUUAAUUAGAUAAACUUUUUUUAUAGAAUAUAGGUACUCCUUUUGUAUAGGGACUUAAAAUGGCAAACAAUUUUGGUAUGUCUUUUUGUCUUCUUUGGAGUUUUGACAAAAGACUCACCAAGAUUGUUUAUCUUUUUCAAGAACCUGAUCAAAUGGAGUAUAGUUGUUAAUUAUGAUCUUGAUUCGUGAUUUCCGCCACAUCUGUACACACCACUGUAUCUGGAGAGUUUGCUUUCUAACUUCUACAACAACCUUACAUUAAAAAGUGGUAGAAAACUGCCUUUUUGAUUCUAGCAAUCGUUUCUUGCCCUUAUUUUAAGCAUAAACCUAACCGAAAGGGUUAGGUUUACUAAUCAGCAC